AUGGUUCAUUACAAACUUUUGGCAUGUCUCCUCGUACUGUCCCUGCCGAUAAUCAACUGGCGUACCACUCACAGCCGAAGCGUUUCCACCAAAAUCCCCGACUCCGUUGAUCGAAAUGAGAUCCUUCGAGCUCUACACGAUCAGCCGAGCUUUAUUAGACUGAAUCCGGUGGUUUCAGACGUAAAGCAGGUCCCCACUGACCCCGCGACAUACGAGCUCGAAUUGUUUCAAACUCCCAAGACAUCGGAUCCGAUUGAGACAUAUAUACUACGCAAUGUUAUUACAAUCAUACCAGGGAUUGGUCGCUGGGGCGAGAAGCACAUUCAAUUCAUGAGCUGGUUGAGAAAUACCAAGUCCGGUGUCGAGACCUACGCUGAUGCACCGUUUGGUGUAUCUGUGGGGAGCCAGUGGAAGGUCCUGCCAGAUACCGCGCAGGAUGCAGAAGGUAGGAAUUCAAGAUCCCUUUUUGGAAUGUUCAAUGCUUACCGGGAUUCAGGAUGGAUACUGGUAGUUGAGAGAACCGUCCAGUGUGUGUGGUGGAUGAUGCCCUUCGUGACAUACACGUAUGAUAAAGUCCAUGCUAGCGUUGGUCGAGAUUUGAUUGGGUUAGCUGGGAUGUAG